AGAUGGAUUGGCAAGGGCAGAAGCUAUCGGAGCAGUUGAUGCAGAUUCUUCUGCUGGCUUUUGCGGUGGUGGCGUUUGCAACGGGCUAUGUCUUGGGAUCGUUCCAGACAAUGUUGUUAAUCUAUGCCGCCGGGGUCGUUAUCACUACUUUGAUCACUGUUCCCAAUUGGCCUUUCUUCAAUCGAAACCCUCUCAAGUGGCUCGAUCCAAGCGAAGCCGAGAAGCAUCCGAAGCCGCAGAUAUCUUCUAAUUCUAGUUCGAAGAAGAAGACCUCUAAGAAGUAGGUCAAUUCACUUAUCAUAUUCAGGUUAUUUCUAGGGUUUUUGAUGACUUUUUGGAUGUGUUUGGUAUCUGUGUCUCUGCUUUUUGGCUUAAUUGGACCUAUAAAGUUGCCUUUAAUUUGAUAACUUUAUACAAUGACUAAAGGAUUUAAUCUUCGCAUUUGCCUUUGGCUUCAAUCUCAUUUUUGGUUCUCGUUUA